AUGGGCUUCACCGCAGGAUCCUGGAAGAAUGAACGGGACCUAUUUGAGCUUGUUUGUUCAACGAACAGCUGUCACGCAACUGACCCGCGCGGUAGGAUUUUUGCGUUAAUUAGCCUGGCGGGCGACAGGACUUAUGGUAUUGUACCAGACUAUCAUAAAACUGAGUCAGAAGUCUUCACAGAGUUUACCCUAAAGGUUUUAUCAGAAACAAAGAAGCUUGCGAUGCUGAAUUAUUCUGAUGUGGAAGAUCCCAAUCAUAAAGAGCAACUUCCUCUUUGGGCGCCGAGGUGGCAUCCCAAGGACUGGCCUGACUUUUACGACAUGAGUGACUAUGGCUUCAAAUGUUCGAAUAAUAUGGAGAUUGCAUUGGGGUCACCGAUCAACAUUCAGGUCUUACAUUUAAAGGGCCUGUAUGUCGACAAGGUCAAAAUGAUAAAAGAUUGGACCCCAGUGCUAGAUCAAAAUGUCAUUGCUAUCGGUAGCAUGGUCAUUGAUCAUGAACGCCUUUUGAACGAUCAAUACGGACAGGAUAUAAUCAGGCCAUUUGUUUUGACAAUGAUGAGUGGCCGAGUCCGACCUGCUGUUUUUGGUAUUCUACACCAGGACCGCCCAGAGGAUGACUGCCAUCUCAACUACUUCAUAGCGUUUAUGAUAAAACUCCUUCUUACAUCUUUGGCCGAAGACGAUGAUGAUCAACAUUAUCAGAGAAAAAUUCUCCGAUUGAUCAAGAUGGCGGUCGACUUAAGUCCUUUAGCAACACAUAGUGAGCCCACCUGGAAGGAGCCUGAGACCUGGGAGUUCUUCAACAAUACGUUGACUAACCUCUACCCACACGAUAAAGAAACUGUACCAUCCUACCUUGAGGUUCUUCGGAGUUUGUCCUGCAAUACCAAAGACGACUUUGUGGCCUUGUUGCAGAAUAUUGGACAUUGUUUCCAGAGAAAAUUCUUCAUUACGGAAAGGGGUUAUAUUGGCACUGGUCCUCGCUCUUUAGAGCUCGGAGACUCUGUAUGCAUUCUCUUCGGGGGUGACGCUCGGUACAUCGUUCGCCCAAGGUCACCCUCCAGCGAUGAGUAUAUAUUUCUUGGCAACACAUAUGUACAUGGAAUUAUGGAAAGGGAGGCUACCACUACUUGGGAGGAGCAGAAGGAUUCUCAGGAUCCAAAAUUCCAAGAACGGCUGUUCAAGCUGAUAUGA